UAAUACGGUUCUCGUGUCAUGCAAUAUGGUGAUAUAGGGCUUAGCAAGGGAAGUCUCUUUGCAUACUUGGGUACAAAUCCUUCUAAUGAUAACUUCACCUUCGUUGACGAAAACUCGUUGCAACCACCUACAAAAGCUGUUAGUCAGCGUGAUGACGAUCUUGUCCAGUUUUGGCACAAGUAUCGCAGGGCACCCGAGGGCUCUGCUAGGAAGGUGGAAGCCCAAAAGGAGUUUGUUGAAGCCAUGUCUCAUAGAAUGCAUAUAGACAACAGUGUGAAACUCAUUGGCAAACUUUUAUUCGGCAUCGAAAGAGGACCGGAAGUUUUGAGCGCCGUUCUACCAGCUGGCCAACCACUCGUCAACGACUGGAAAUGCCUUGAGAAAAUGGCGAGGACUUUCGAGACACAUUGUGGAUCCCUAGCCCAGUACGGGAUGUAACACAUGCGAUCCCUUGCAAACAUCUGCAAUGCCGGAAUUCAGAC